UUCAUAAUCUUACAUAUGAAUAUAUAUAGGUUCCUACAUGCUCCAAGUAUUUGGACCAGAGAGCAAGUCGAAGCAUGGAAACCAAUUGUGAAUGCUGUCCAUGCCAAAGGAGGUAUUUUCUUCUGUCAAAUUUGGCAUGCUGGGAGGGUGUCAAAAAGCGGUUUCCAGCCAGAUGGGCAAGCUCCGGUCUCUUCUACAGACAAGCCAAUAUCUUCUCAAGUUGAAGGCAUGGAGUUCACACCUCCGAGGCGUCUAAGGACAGAUGAAAUCCCUCAAAUAGUCAAUGAUUUCAGAAUUGCUGCGAGGAACGCAAUAGAAGCUGGUUUUGAUGGAGUUGAGAUCCAUGGGGCUCACGGAUUUCUAAUUGACCAGUUUAUGAAAGAUCAAGUAAACAACAGAACAGACCAAUAUGGUGGAUCACUGGAGAACCGCUGCCGAUUCCCUUUGGAAAUAGUUGAGGCUAUAGCGAAUGAGAUAGGAUCAGAUAAAGUUGGAAUAAGACUGUCUCCUCAUGUAAACUAUAUGGAAUCAGGAGACUCAGAUCCUGAAGCACUAGGGCUCUACAUGGUUAAAUCCUUGAACAAAUAUGGUAUUGCUUACUGCCACAUGGUUGAGCCAAGAAUGAAGAUAGGCGCAGAGCAUGCAAAAUUCUCUGAAAGUCUGCUGCCUAUGAGGAAGGCUUUCAACAGUACAUUCAUUGUUGCUGGUGGUUAUGACAGGGAAGAUGGAAACAAAGCUGUUGAAGAGAGCCGUGGAGACCUUGUCGCUUAUGGUCGCUUGUUCUUGGCAAAUCCAGAUUUGCCGAGGAGAUUUGAACUUCAUGCUCCUCUCAACAAGUACAACAGAGAAACAUUUUAUACACAUGAUCCUGUUGUUGGUUACACUGAUUAUCCUUUCCUUGAAGACACUGCGUAGGGUUUUCAGUCACCAUAGUUGAAACUUGUAUUCUCUGAGUAUUUUUGUUGGUGUCGUCUAAUUGCUUUCAGGUAUUGUUUCUAUGAAUGUUUUGUAAACCAUUAAAAUAGUUAUAAUUCAAUAAUAAAAGCAGAUUGUAGAUA